AUGAUUGACUUUAAUCCCUUUCAUCCGCUAGGAUAUGGUAAAUGUGGAGUAGCAGUAAUUCGGAUAUCUGGUCCAGAGGCACUAAUUGCUCUACAAAGAAUGACUAAAAUAUCCACUUUGAAACCUAGAAAAGCUAUUCUGCAAAAGAUUCAUGAUCCAAAAACAAAAGAAUUUUUAGACAAGGGUCUAUGUCUUUGGUUUCCAGAACCUAAUUCAUUCACUGGAGAAGACUCUGUAGAAUUUCAUGUUCAUGGAGGUCCUGCAGUAAUAACAUCAAUCCUCGAUGCACUUUCGAAAUUGCAUUUUCAACCUGCACUUCCUGGAGAAUUUACAAAAAGAGCUUUCUUGAAUGGUAAAGUUGAUUUGACCGAAGCAGAAGGUAUAGGAGAUCUAAUUGAUGCAGAAACUGAAAAACAACGCAAACAGGCUUUUAACCAAGCUGGUGGUUCUCUACGCCGUCUGUAUGACUCUUGGCGUACGAUCCUUUUAAAUUCUCUUGCAAGCUUAGAAGCUUACAUUGACUUCUCCGAAGAGCAUGGUUUAGGGUCCCAUGUUUUAGAAGAUACAAAGAUCACACUGCAUAAAUUAUGUGGAAAACUUGAACAGCAUUUAGCCGAUGGAAGGAAAGGAGAAAUUUUACGAACCGGUGUACGCGUUGCCAUUCUUGGAGAACCGAAUGUAGGAAAAAGCAGUCUUUUGAACCUUCUUUCUAGAAGAAAUGCAGCCAUUGUCACCUCCACUCCAGGAACAACAAGAGAUGUUAUUGAACUAACAACAAACAUCUGUGGUUACCCAAUGAUUCUUGCAGAUACCGCCGGCAUUAGAAAAGACCCAGAAAAUGAAAUAGAAGUAGAAGGCAUCAGAAGAGCAAAAGAAUGUACAAAAAGAGCAGACAUUGUUAUAUGUAUAAUAAGCGCAGAAAAGAAGUUUGCAUGUUCUUUUCAAGAGUUUAUGGAAAAUUAUAAAAAUUGUUUAGAAAUACAAUUAGACAAUGUUCUGAUAGUACUUAAUAAAAUAGAUUUACUUGAAGAGAUAGAAAGACAAAGAUGGAAAGUGUUUAAUGUUGUUGCUAUUUCAUGUAAGACAGAGGAAGGUUUGCAACAACUUAUAAAUGCAUUGACAGAAUAUUUUCAGAAAAUAUGUGGUGAUCCAGCUGAAGAGAGUCCUGUGAUUAGUCGUGCAAGAUAUAGAAAUCAUUUAACACAUGUUGUAGAAUACAUUAAAGCAUAUUUAAGGAAGACAGAAAUCCAGAAUUAUGAUAUGGCUAUAUCCUUACAGGAUAUUCGAUGUGCAGCAAGGGAACUUGGGAAAAUAACAGGUUCCAUAAACAAUGAGGAAGUACUCGAUAUUAUUUUUAAGAAUUUUUGCAUUGGUAAAUAAGAAUUAUUUUAAAAAAUGAUCUAAUUGAUUGUAACAUCAAUAGA